AUCAGAACGAAGGCGUCACGAAGACCAGUCACGCCAACGGUUUAAGUAUCUCCUCCAUACCAAUUCCACAGCUUUCUCUUCUGUUUGACUGGGGCAACUGAGAGGCGCCAUGGAUGCCAAGCAAAAGCGUCUAAGGCCGAAACUCGACCGCCGAAACGCCAUCAAGAAUAUUGAGUACAACCCGCCGCCCUCUUCCUUAACCACUUCCCCUUUCGACGGCGACCAUUCUUCGCCGCCCCCGGGUCUCCGGAGUCGCUCCCUCGAGCUGUUCCCGUUCUCCGAGAACCAAACCAGCUUCCGGGUGAAAGGAGUGGAAGGAGAAUUCGACCUCAUUUGCCGCUCCUUGGGGCUUUCUGGGCCCGAAGACUUCGCCAUACCCACCGCUGCCUGGGAGGCCCACACGGCCCGCUCUUCCUCCGACAUCUCCUUCCGCUCUCGCCGCGGAAACCACUCUUCUUCGGCUAAACCGGAGCCCCACAACGAAUUUUCGGCCGAAUUUCAAGCUAGGGUUGGCCUUGGUGCUGGCGACUCCAAGCAAAAUCGUUCCAAUUUAGCUGAGCUCGAGAGCAGUAGAAUAAGGGCUAGCUUGGAUUCUGUCACGGUGGGGCCCAGUGGAGGAAUUAAGGGUGCCCGGCCGCCGGUGAUGCUGCGGCCUUUGGUGGAUAAUAUAUUGAAAUCAUUUGCUGCUCCUCAAAGCGAUACCGCUUCGAAUGAGGAAGUUAGUGGAGGAAUUAGCGAGGGGGAAGAUUCAGAGGAGGGGGCGAGGUUGGGCGAGACGGACUGCCGUUUGGAAUCUUCUUCGUCUGGAUCGAACUAUAACGAUAAUGGUGGUCAUGAUAUUGUCGUUCGCACGUCUAGCGUGAUUUCGGUGAGUAGUAGUUCGCCGAGCGGGAAAUUUAGACGCAGCAUUACGUCGUGGCAAAAGGGUGAGCUUCUGGGAAGUGGGUCUUUCGGAACCGUGUAUGAGGGCUUCACUGAAGAUGGGUUCUUUUUUGCUGUUAAGGAGGUUUCGUUGCUGGAUCAAGGAAGCCAGGGCAAGCAGAGUAUUUUACAACUUGAGCAGGAGAUUUCUCUCUUAAGUCAAUUUGAACAUGAGAAUAUAGUUCGGUAUUUUGGCACAGACAAGGAUAAAAGCAAGCUUUAUAUCUUCCUCGAGCUUGUAACUAAAGGGUCACUUUCAAGUCUUUAUAAUAAGUAUCGCUUGAGGGAUUCUCAAGUCUCUGCUUACACAAGACAGAUUUUGAACGGAUUGAUGUAUCUUCAUGAUCGGAAUGUGGUUCACAGGGAUAUCAAAUGUGCUAAUAUACUGGUGGAUGCAAUUGGGUCAGUAAAACUUGCAGAUUUUGGGUUGGCAAAGGCAACCAAAUUGAAUGAUGUUAAGUCUUGCAAAGGCAGUCCAUUCUGGAUGGCCCCUGAGGUUGUUAAUCUAAAGAACCGUGGCUAUGGACUUCCAGCCGAUAUAUGGAGCCUUGGAUGUACCGUGUUGGAGAUGUUAACGUGUCAGCCACCAUACUCACACUUGGAAAGCAUGCAAGCACUAUUUAUGAUUGGCAAGGGUGAACCUCCUCCAGUUCCUGAUUCCUUAUCAAGAGACGCCCGAGAUUUCAUACUCAAAUGCAUACAAGUUAACCCAAAUGAUCGGCCUACUGCAGCUCAGCUAUUGGACCAUCCAUUUGUGAGGAGACCCCUUCGAAAUUCCUUUGACCUUGUUGUUGGGAACAUAUAUGUGAAUCAAACACAGCAAUAGUAGUCGAGCUUAGCACUAGUGUUUUAAAAAACACAAAACAUCAUGAUAGAGAACAAGGCAUAAUCGCAUACCUUGAUGGUAUGUGGCUAGGGUUUUGAUGAUGAAUGGCCAGUGCUUCAAGAGGGUGGGCUCUUAUGCACAAGAUCUCCGUAUACAGGCGUUUUCAACCAAGAAUCAUAGACUUGGUGACCAAGUUUUUCCCAAGAUCCUAGUAGAGUUCGACUACUCUAUGGAAAAACUUAUUAUGCAAUUCGGCCAAUCCCAAUACUGUAAAUUAUUAGCUUGUAACAUAAGGACUAUGUAUAUAUGUCGUUUAAUGUUAGAACUCACAUUUUUAUCUUACAUUUAUUCUAUAAUGUUGAUGUGCCAGUUUUAAAACAAAAAAUUAAAGAAUUGGUUGAGACUGUUACAUCAACAUUGUAAGAUAGUUGUGGAAUAAAAAUGUGAUUUCUAACAUUAAUUUAUAUAAAGAUAUUUGAUUAGGUUUUUAGGGUUGUCAAAUUCAUUGCCAAAAUAUAUUUGGUUGUAAGGUUUGGUUUAGGGUUAAGUUGGUGAAAAAGUUGAUCCAAGUCAUGUUUAUUAAAGUUUGUGUAUAUUGUCAAUAUUGACCUAGUCGAACUAAAAUAGUCAUAUUUUUUUUGAGUUAGAGCUCCGAUUGAAGUAAAUUUGACGUUGGAGCGUCGACUCAAAAUGUCAAAAUGCUA